UAGACAUUUCAUAUACCUCUAACUCACUCACUUCAAAACACUCUGCACAAACCAAAACAAGUGCAAUUUAACUCUCUCCCUCUCUCAUUACUAUAUUACUAUUCUGCUUAAAAAUUUCUAAUUAAGUAAGCUACAAAUGGACAAUAAUGAAGAAAUUCCAUCUGCUCCUUCAACACCAGCAACACCAGGAACUCCUGGUGCUCCUCUUUUUGGUGGGUUUAAAGGGACUGAGAGAGCUGGUGGUCUUACUAGAAAAUCCAUUCUUAAUGGUUGCAGAUGCUUCAGUAUUGAAGAAUGGGCUCUUGAAGAAGGCAGAUUACCUCCUGUUUCUUGUUCAAUACCUCCUCCUCCCGUCUCUCUUGCUAGAAAGGUCGGAGCAGAGUUCAUCGGAACACUUAUACUGAUAUUUGCCGGCACGGCGACAGCCAUUGUGAAUCAAAAAACACAAGGAGCAGAAACACUAGUAGGCCUAGCAGCCUCUAGUGGACUAGCUGUGAUGAUUGUUAUAUUAUCAACAGGACAUAUUUCUGGAGCUCAUCUUAACCCAUCUGUCACCAUUGCUUUUGCUGCUCUCAACCAUUUUCCAUGGAAACAUGUGCCAGUGUAUAUUGGAGCGCAAGUAUUGGCGUCACUGGGAGCAGCAUUUGCGUUGAAAGGGAUACUUCAUCCAAUAAUGGGUGGAGGAGUUACAGUUCCAUCAGGAGGAUAUGGUCAAGCUUUUGCUUUGGAAUUUAUUAUUAGCUUCAAUCUCAUGUUUGUUGUUACUGCCGUGGCCACCGACACCAGAGCUGUGGGGGAAUUGGCAGGAAUUGCAGUAGGAGCCACUGUCAUGCUCAACAUACUCAUUGCCGGGCCGGCAACAGGUGCAUCAAUGAACCCUGUGAGAACAUUAGGGCCAGCGAUAGCUGCAAACAAUUACAAAGCCAUAUGGAUCUACCUCACAGCGCCGAUACUUGGAGCACUGUGUGGAGCAGGAACUUACUCUGCUGUCAAACUGCCAGAGGAAGAUGGCAAUGCUCGUCAAAAGCCUUUAGCAGCCACCGCGAGCUUCAGAAGGUGAUUAUUGAUGAACUCUAUAAGAGUAAAAUCCAAACUGUGUCAGAUAAAAAGUGCAAAUGAUUCUACUUGAGAAAAAUGAGGUCGAAGUACUACUAAAUAUUGAGUUAUGGUAGUAGGUAUAUAUACAUUCAAGAGAGAGAGAUAAAACAUGAAUGGGUAGAAAUCUAUAACUCUAUCAUAUAAGAAGAGCACCGUUUGUACCUUUAUAUAUAUAUAUAUAUAUAUAUAUAUUGCAAUUCUGUAACUAGUAGUUCCAAGAAAGGCCAUCUCAGUGCUCCAAGAACAGUUAAUUUCUUCCUCCUA